AUAGGCUGCUAUGCGAACCUACACUCUUUAUUUUCUCUUUGGGGGUUAAACAAGGGUUUAGAUUUCCAUAGAAAAAGGGUUCAACGCCUACCUCUCAAAGCAACAGAGAGAGAGAGAGAGAGAGAGAUAGAUGAGGCUGCUAACCCACAACAUGCUAUCAUCCAACAUCAAGGGGGUCACCAAUGGCUUCCCUCUCCGAAUCGAAGUCCAGAAAGUGAUCGAAAAGCCUGUGGAUUUCAACCCCGACUUUCUUCGAAACAUGUUCCCCAAGAUCGACUGGAACGCUCUCGUCGAAGCCUCUCGGACCAUGGGCUACCCUGACCUUCCCGACUCCGCCGACGCCGCCAUGCUCGACUCCGACGACUUCCUCCGGCGCUUCCACCACUCCCUCCUCGAGCUCCACCUCGAAGAGGGCGCCCUCCUCUGCCCCGAGACCGGCCGUCGAUUCCCCGUCACAAAGGGCAUCCCCAACAUGCUUCUUCACGAAGACGAGGUCUGAUUCCUGUUUUUGGCCGAUUGAUUAUCGAAUCAGGGUCUUAUAAUAUGUUUUGAUCUAGUUACAAUGCGAAUUAGUUUUUUUUUUUUUAUGUGGAUUGUGGUUUUUGAAGGGAGAUUUGAAUGUGAAUGGGCUGGUUGUUGCGUGAAUUUGGAUUUGAUUUUGUGUCUGAUUGUGAUUGCCAAUUGGGGAAUUGAGUGAAUGAGUCCCACACUACCCAUGAGAAUUUCAAAUUUCUACUCAAUCACUUGACUGCGAUUAACUCAGCUAUUAGACUAGUGAGUAUUUUUAGUAAUAAAGUUCUCAUUUUUGUUGUA